GUGGGUGCUGGUGGCCUUUUCUCCAAGAUAAGGCUGUUCUGCUGCUGGCCAAGCCCAGCACUUCACUCUGGAGCUUGGGCCCUCUGAUCUUCUAGCCUUGGGUAGAAGGUGGCACUGGCAGGGUGUCCCAGGUUGCCAGGGGGAGGUGUUGCUCUGGCACACCUGCAAACACACAGGUGUGCACAGACACAGCUUUCCAGUGAGGUGAGCAGCAGUGCUGGCACAGCCCAGGGACAGCACGGUCACCUCAGUGAGCUGGGCUGGGGUAGCUCUGGGUGGGCAGAACAGACAUGGGAAAGGUGUUUGGGGUCAGGGUGGCUGCUGGGGUGCAGCAGGAGCUGCUGCAGCACAGUGAGGUGGGAGUGAGGAGGAAGGAAGUGUGCAGAGCCCGGGCAAGAGCAAACAGGAAGAGCAGUGGGGAUGCGUCAGGAAGGAUGUGCAGUGCCCCAAGGGCAGACCUGGCCUACCUGAGCCAGGCCCAGGGACCUUCAUCCCAAAUACACCCCUGCCCUUCCCUGCUGGGGAGGGGGAAACCACCUGUCUUACCCUCAGGUACCCAGGGAUGGUGGUGGGUGCAGAGGGGUGUCCCCACGUGGGCAGGGCUUGGGUGACAGUGGGGUGGCACAAGGAGCACACUGCACAUGGCAGGUGGCACUGAGUGGGAUGGGGAGCAGGGCACAGCCUGGGUGAGAGGACAGGAGGAUGGGAGGAUCCAUUCUGGCAGCUGGGCUGUGGUACCCCAGAGCAGCACUAUGCAAAGCACCUGCCUCGCCUCCCCACGGCCGGCUCUCGCCCAUCUGUCCUUGCCCCAUGGGUGGCACCAGUGCUGGCCACGGCUUGUCACAGAGGGCACCGAGCACCCCAGCAGAGGGGCCUGUGGAGACAGCCCGGGGUUUAGGGGAGGCCAGGCCGUGCCCACGGGCGCAGGACCGAGGUUGGUGGGUGUGGAGCUGGGCUGGGUGUGCAGGCGGCCCGGCAGAGCCGAGCUGCAGAGAUGUGGCCGGUAUGUGUGUGGGCGGCAGCCGGGGUGGGGGAGAAGGAGGGAGAGGAAGCAGCAGCUCCUUUGAUAAGCAGCUUCCUGAACACUUUCAAACCGUGGUGUCAGACCGACAGGCGCGGUGCCCGCGGGCCAGGACCACGAGCCCAUGGCACAGGGCACAGCUGCUUUUCCUCUGAUGGCUCCAUGAUUUCCCAGGAGCUGAGGGCCCCCCGAGUGCCCCUGCUGUGCUUCAAGACGAGGGCUCUGUGGUUGCUGCAGCAUGGUCCAAGCCUGCUUGGUGUGCUCCAGAGUUCAUAAGGGCAGCCUGGCAGCCCGGGCAGCUGCAGCGGACAUGGACAAGGCAGACAAGCCCAGCCCCUCUGCCAAGAAGCACGUGCGUCUGCAGGAGAGGAGGGGCUCCAAUGUCUCACUAGUGCUGGACAUGAGCUCUCUAGGGAAUGUGGAGCCCAUCCAGCCUGUCUGCACACCACGGGACAUCACGCUGAAGUUUCUGAGGACAUCCAGCCACGUGCUGAGGAAACAGGAGCUCCAGCAGCACGCCCAGAGCCUGGCACAGCUCCAGGAGGAGUUUUCGAAAAUCCCACCCAACUUCGUGAGUCCGGAGGAGCUGGAAAUCCCAGGACGUGCUCUCAAGGACAGAUACAAAACCAUCCUCCCCAAUCCUGAGAGCCGGGUCUGCCUCAGGAGGGCUGGGAGUCAGGAGGAAGACAGCUACAUAAAUGCCAACUACAUCACAGGCUACGCGGGGCGGCCUCGGGAGUACAUUGCCACGCAGGGACCCAUGCUGAACACUGUCAGCGACUUCUGGGAGAUGGUGUGGCAGGAGGAGGCUCCUCUCAUCGUCAUGAUCACCGAGCUGCAGGAGAGCAAGGAGAAAUGUGUCCACUACUGGCCCGAGAAGGAGGGCACCUAUGGCCCCUUCACCAUCCGCGUGCAGGGGGUGAGCGAGUCUGUGGAGUACGUGGUCCGGGAUCUCUCCAUCCAGCUUGGAAAGGAGUGCCGCAAGGUCAAACACAUCCUCUUCCCUUCCUGGCCCGACCAGCAAACACCCGAGUCAGCCAAGCCUCUGCUGCACCUGGUGUCCAAGGUGGAGGAGGCUCUGCAGACUGCAGCCAGCCCAGGGCCCAUCGUGGUGCACUGCAGCGCAGGCAUUGGCCGCACCGGCUCCUUCAUUGCCACCAGGAUCGGGUGUCAGCAGCUGCAGGACAAGGGGGAGGUGGAUAUCCUGGGAAUUGUGUGUCGGCUGCGCAUAGACAGAGGUGGGAUGAUCCAGACGAGCGAGCAGUACCAGUUCCUCCAUCACACACUAGCUCUCUACGCCUCCCAGCUGCCAGAGGGGGGAGGCUGCUAGUGCAGGGCUCCCACCGGGCUUGUGGCUCCCUGCUCUGACCUCUCCUGCACCAGCCUCGGGGACACCUUCACCAAAUACUCUCCUGAUGCUGCCAGGCCACAGAGCAGCAGCAUGAACAUCCCUUGGGAUGAGCACAGCUGAGCCAGCCCGCAGGGACUGUGGCUUUGGACCCUGGGAUGAGCAAGGUGGUGCCAUGGGUGCUCGAGGUGGCCUCUGCUGCUGGCUCCAGGCAGAUUUCACCCACAGAAAGAAGCUUUGGCUUUUGAGAGGUGCAAGAUCCUGGACCAGAAGAGCGAGCUGUGCAGAGGAGCUGCAGCUGGCAGAUGCCAGGAGCACGGUUUGCCUUUCAGCUGCACAUAAAUGUUCACCCCGUUAGACACAGCGCUGCUGGAACUACCCUGAAAUAAAUGGAGCCCCUGUG